CCCAGGAACUCCCGGCGCCGCGGCCUUCCCGGAACCGCAGCGGGAAUCGCUGGUCUCUGCUCGUCGUCCCGGUCCCGCACAGCGGCCCGGCCCGGCCCGGGGAGGAUGAGCCGCAUCUACCAGGACAGCGCGCUCCGGAACAAGGCGGUGCGGAGCGCACAGCUGCCCGGCGCCUGGGAGCCGGCCGCCCACCAGGGGGGAAGUGGUGUGCUGCUGGAGGGAGAACUGGUUGAUGUAUCUCGGCACAGCAUCUCGGACGCCCAUGGCAGGAAGGAGCGCUACUACGUGCUGUAUGUCCGGCCCAGUCGCAUCCAUCGCCGGAGGUUCGACCCCAAGGGAAAUGAAAUCGAACCCAACUUCAGCGACACCAGGAAGGUGAACACUGGCUUCCUCAUGUCCUCCUACAAGGUGGACGCCAAGGGGGACACGGACAGACUCACGCCUGAGGCACUGAAGGAGCUGGUGAAUAAGCCGGCGCUGCUCGCCCUGACGGAGAGCCUCACGCCCGAGCAGACCGUGGCCUUCUGGAUGCCCGAGUCGGAGAUGGAGGCCCUGGAGCUGGAGCUGGGGGCCGGGGUUCGGCUGAAAACCCGAGGCGACGGCCCCUUCCUGGAUUCAUUAGCCAAACUUGAGGCUGGAACAGUGACCAAGUGUAAUUUCGCUGGUGAUGCAAAGACGGGGGCAUCGUGGACCGACAACAUCAUGGCCCGAAAGUCUUCCGAGGGGACCACGGCGGAGACCCGAGAGCAGGGGGACGGGGCAGAGGAUGCGGAGUGGGACGACUGAGGUUCCUGGGAGAAGCGGGGUCCCCGGGGCUCACCCGCACUGAGAAUGUCUUCCAUCGACUUCCAUUCUGGAGUUCAAGGAUGAGCCCCGCAGCCUUACUCGCCUUGCACAGGCCGUGCUAAGACCAAAUCCACAACCACACGCUUAGCAGCAGGGCCCCCUGCCCUGGCUCACGGAAGGCCUUCCCUGAGUGGGAGUGGAGCCUCCUAGUGUCAUGACAACCACGCCCUGAUGGCAGUGGUGUCUCUGGAGGCCGGAGGUGAGCGAGUGCCCGGCUCAGACAGGGGAAGUGGGCUUGGUCUUGGUGCAGAAUCGGGGGACAUCCCUCUUGUAUAUGCAAAGCGGCUCAGAGCGGGAGCUGGCAGCCUCCUUCCUCUGCCCUGGUCUUUUCUGCUUUCCUCCCUCGCCUGCCUGCCCUGGUGCUCUGGGCUGUGGUCUCUGCUCUCCUGCUCAGUCCUCCUGUCCCCUGCGCCCUUUUCUCUCCCCGAAGCUGCCAGUUCUCUAUUCCUUUUUGGUUUAUCAAGGUUAUUUUGGUUUAUCAGGUUAUUUCUAUUUUAAAAUAGAAGCAUUUGCCAUAUUUUAACAACUUUUCCAUUUUUAUUUGUUCAUUUUUAUUUUUUCCCCAUGUUUAAAAAUUGGUUUUACAAAUAUGAAGUCUUUAUAUAGAGC